CAGCGUCGUGACUCUCGCAGCGCUUCUCCGAGGAAGGACAUGCGUAGUGCCUCUCCCAGGUGCUUCAGACCUGUCUGCGCCGAGACGCCAACAUCAUCGAACGGCACGUCCACGACAAUCGGUCGGAGUCCGAAAAACUUCCGUAUCCCCCUCACUUGCUUCUUUUGGUAUCAUACUGGGGUCUGCAAGAAAUCUGAUAACAGGUGUCUGUGA